GGAAUCAGAUCUGCAAAAUAAUUGUAUAUAACAGAAGUCCUAGAGAGAUAAGAGUUGAGAGUUAGUUCCCCCAGAGGCCAAGGGAUCGAUUAUUAUGAUGAGCUCAGGCAUGGGUGGUGGUGGUGGCGGCGGCGGCGGCGGCGGUGCUUAUAAUUGUAACAGCGGCUUCUCCAAUAGCUAUAUGCUUCUGAACACGGAAGAAGUCAAGUUCUUGGAUUUGUUUCGUCUUUUGUUUUCCAGCAACCUCAAGAAAAGAAGAUUUGUAGAUUCCAGUCGCGCCAGAGAACAUAAUUUCUGGCAUAGAUUCUUCAUUUUUCUCUCUAUUAUCGUCCUUAAGCUCCUCAGAUUCUUUGACAAACCCCUUGCCUUGCUUGGCUUCUUACUCGAGUCGUCUCUCAAUUUUCUAUCAGCUAACGGCGGCUUUUCCGGCGUUCUCUUCAACUUCUUACGAUUUAAGUUGAAGAUACCGGAUAGCUCGUCCGCGGAGUACUUGUCAAUGAUUGGUCAUUUGGACAGCAGAGUAACAUUGGACAAAAGUAUAAAGCCUGGUGAUGUCAAUUACUUCGGUGCCCUCUGCAUGAUGGCUUCUAAACUUGCGUACGAGAAUGAAGCUCACGUUACACAAACUGUCAACAAUAUCUGGAAGAUGGAGUUCUUGGGAUUUUUCAACUUUUGGAAUGACUAUCAAGAAAAAUGCUCAACACAAGCCUUCAUGAUGCGCGACAAGAAAGUUGAUCACGACACCAUCAUUGUGUCCUUCAGAGGCACAGAGCCAUUCAAUGCCGACGACUGGAGCUCCGACUUUGACAUAUCUUGGUACGAGAUCAAAGGCAUGGGAAAAAUCCAUGGGGGAUUCAUGAAAGCACUUGGCUUACAAAAGUGUAUUGGGUGGCCCAAAGAAAUAAAACGACAAGAUCACCAAAGACGCUCAUUGGCUUACUACACCCUCAGAGAGAAGCUGAAAGAACUUAUGAAAGAAAAUGAGCGGACAAGAUUCGUAGUGACAGGGCACAGCCUAGGCGGGGCUUUGGCCAUUCUAUUUCCUUCUAUUUUGGUGUUCCAUGAAGAAAAAUUAUUACUGGAAAGAUUAGAGGGAGUGUACACAUUUGGACAACCUCGGGUUGGAGACCGCGAAUUCGGGGAGUUUAUGGUGAAAUCACUCUCACAAUACAAUAUUCGUUAUUACAGAUUCGUUUAUGGGUUUGACAUGGUCCCUCGGCUGCCCCUUGACGACAAGGCGUUGAUGUUCAAACACUUUGGACCCUGUAUUUAUUUCGACUGGAACUAUGAUGCGCAGAUUCUUGAAGAAGAGCCAUUCAAAAACUAUUUCUCAAUAGUGGGAGCAGUGCUGAUGAGAAUACAUGCAUGUUUGGAGAUAGGAAGAAGCUUCACAAUAGCGUGGAGAAGAGGAAAGGAUUACGAGGAAAAAGUAUUUUUUAGAAUUGUGAGGUUGUUUGGAUUGUUGUUGCCUGGAAUUCCUGCUCACUGUCCUCAAGAUUACGUUAAUUCAACUCGCUUGGGUUCCACGGAUCGUCUUCACAGCGAGUACGAUGUCAAAAUUCAGUAGAUUCUUUUUAAUUAAAAUUAAAAUAUUACUGUUUGAUCAUAUGUGUGUAAUGAAUGCCUCUCCAAAUUAAACGUACAUUUUAAUUGGAAGGAUGUAUAUCCUUAUGUUCGACCAUCUCUUAUUUGUCACUUAAUUGGUUUGUAA